CGCGGUGCUGCACCGACACAAAGGAGUGAGAGAGAGAGAGAGAGGGAGGGUAGACUGGAAGUAUCCACAGAUUCUCAGAAAGUAAAACGCCUGUGUUGGAUAUCACACGUACUAAACAUACUCGCAAACUGUGUGCGCAUUAGCAUGAGUUUGGCACUUCUCCUGGAUUAACUGGACUUGCAGCCUGCUUGCAAAAAGCAAGUUCGCUCUGACUUUGGAGGACAAAACGCGCACAGAAAACAACGAUGGAUAGGAGCAUCCCGGGAUGGUGCGUGCUGUUAACCCUGGUUCUGCACGGAACGCGCUGCUUGGCUGCCAAAGAGCUCCAGUGCCAGGAGAUCUCCGUACCUCUGUGCAAAGGCAUCGGCUACAACUACACCUACAUGCCCAACCAGUUCAAACACGACACGCAGGACGAAGCCGGCCUGGAAGUGCACCAGUUCUGGCCGCUGGUGGAAAUAAAGUGUUCCCCCGACUUGCGCUUCUUCCUCUGCAGUAUGUACACACCGAUCUGCCUUGAAGACUACAAGAAGCCGCUGCCACCGUGCAGGAGUGUGUGUGAGCGGGCCAAAGCUGGAUGUGCGCCGCUCAUGAGACAGUACGGCUUCCCGUGGCCAGACCGGAUGAGAUGCGACCUGCUGCCCGAACAAGGCAACCAGGACACGCUGUGCAUGGACUACAACCGCAGCCAGACCACCACUGUCUCUCCUGUGGUGGCGAAGCCAACCAACCGACCAUUAAAGCCGUACAACACCAAGAAGAAGAGCGGCUAUGGUCGUGGGAUCCCCGGUAAGCACAAACCAGCAGCGUCUACGUGUGAAACGGGAUGCUUCUGCCGUGCGCCCAUGGUGCCCGUUACCAGCGACAGCCACCCACUGCACAACCGCGUCAAAACUGGACAGAUCUUGAACUGUGCCAUUCCGUGUCACAACCCUUACUUUACACCAGAGGAGAGGACUUUUACUGCCUUUUGGAUCGGCCUGUGGUCGGUUCUGUGUUUUAUCUCCACUUUUGCAACUGUGGCGACCUUUUUAAUUGAUAUGGAGAGGUUUAAGUACCCGGAGCGCCCCAUCAUAUUCCUCUCCGCCUGCUACAUGUUCGUGUCAGUUGGAUAUAUUGUCAGACUGAUCGCUGGACACGAAGAAGUGGCCUGCAAUAGAGAAAACGGCGGAGAAUACAUUCACUAUGAAACCACUGGUCCUGCUCUUUGUACCAUCGUUUUUCUGCUGAUCUACUUCUUUGGCAUGGCCAGCUCGAUCUGGUGGGUGAUUCUGUCCCUCACUUGGUUUCUCGCUGCAGGUAUGAAGUGGGGUAACGAGGCAAUAGCCAGUUACUCACAGUACUUUCAUUUAGCCGCCUGGCUCAUUCCCAGCAUGAAGUCCAUCGCGGUUCUGGCUCUGAGCUCAGUGGACGGGGACUCCGUAGCCGGGAUUUGCUAUGUAGGCAACCAGAAUUUGGACAACUUGCGGGGCUUUGUGUUGGCACCGCUGGUUAUCUACCUGUUCAUCGGUACCAUGUUUCUGCUGGCCGGCUUCGUCUCGCUGUUCAGGAUCAGGAGUGUUAUCAAACAAGGAGGCACAAAAACUGAUAAACUGGAGAGGCUGAUGAUCAGGAUAGGAGUUUUCACAGUUUUAUAUACAGUCCCGGCCACUGUCAUAGUGGCGUGUUACUUUUACGAGCAGCAUAACAGGCAGACGUGGGAAAUUACGCACAACUGUACGUGCAUGACGGACCCGAACAGGCAGAGGCCAGACUAUGCUGUGUUUAUGCUGAAAUACUUCAUGUGCCUCCUGGUGGGUAUCACGUCGGGAGCCUGGAUCUGGUCCGGGAAGACCUUGGACUCCUGGAGGACUUUUUGCACGCGGUGCUGCUGGGGGAGUAAAGCCUCAGCGGGCUCCAUGUACAGUGACGUGAGCACUGGACUGACCUGGAGGUCUGGGACGGCCAGUUCCGUCUCCUGCCCCAAACAGAUGCCACUUUCCCGGGUUUGAUCAGGUGGAUUGGACGCCCAAUCUCAUGUCAUUUGACACUAAAGACUUAAAACCAGCUUUCUGGGGACAAUGUGUCGUAGAGAAUGAUUUUUGUUUUGUUUUGUUUUUAAUGGGUAAAUUAUUAAACGUCAGUCCCCAAACUGCCAGUUAAAGUCAAACUUUGUUCCUGAGCACUCCCCUAAUGUGAAAGUUUAAUGGAUUUAUGCUCCGGUUUGCUUAUAAAACUUAGAAGAUCGGUUUGACUUAUGGAAAGUGCUCUUCCCUUGCCUUAUCCCAGUGACGUCCAGGGGUUUUGAAUAGAGGGUUUGAGAGGGGGAGGGGUGACUAAUUGUGUUGGGAUUGUCCAUCAGCGUGUUGUAAUUAGCACAUUAAUGAGCGCCUAAUGGCUUCUCUUUAAAUAAUGAGACUGUCAGCAGCAGAACAAUGUACCUGGCACGAAGAAUGCAGAGUCUUAUCUGGGCUUAAUUGAAUGCACACAGCUGACAAGAUCCCCCUUGACGAUAGGUUAUAUGGUAUAUCUGAGUAUCUCCUUAUUCUCACUGCAAAGAGCCGCUGUGUCUUAAACACAAUAUUCACAAUGAGACUGUUCUGCUAGAAAUGAGGCCAUUGCUGGGCUGUUUUGUCUACAAGAUGGAUUUAUGCGUACAUUAAUCAAUGCCUUAAUACUGCCUCGUACGGGUUGCAUUUGCGCAUAAAGUGUAUUUAUAUAAUUAUUGGUGUACAUACAUUGUACAUUUGUACAUUGAAUUUUACGAGACUGUAAAUAUAUAUAAUUUCCAUUUUGAUAGAAGAUUUUAUUUUGAGAAUAAAACAACUUUUAUUGAACGUUUA